CACGGCUGUCAGAGUUUAGCUAAUCAGCGUCCAGUUUUCAGUGUGGCGCUUCUGAAUGAUACAGACCGGAGGGGUGGUGUUAAGUCAUGAACUUCAAUAACUUCUUCAAAGCAAUCGGUUAAGAGCACAUUCAGCCAUGCCUGUGACGUCUCAGCUGCUCAGGGGCCUGCCUCGUGCCAAGCUCUGGGCCUCGGGUCUGUUACCAUGCCAACAACACCAGUCCCAGCUAGGAGCCAUUACUAACAGUUCCCCCUCAAGACAGCCCUCUUCUGUAUCGCAGAGCCAUCAGCACUCGAGAAGUUACCAGACAACCUCAGUGCUUCGCAGCUACAUCCUCACACCGCCGCAGGUCAACUCUAUCCUGAAAGCCAACGAGUACAGCUUCAAGGUGCCAGAGUUUGAUGGGAAGAAUGUGUCAUCAGUGAUGGGCUUUGAGAGUAAUCAGCUGCCGGCCAACGCUCCGAUAGAAGACCGCAGAAGUGCAGCCACGUGCCUGCAGACGAGAGGAAUGCUGCUGGGUGUGUUUGACGGCCAUGCAGGCUGUGCCUGUGCACAGGCACUGAGUGAGAGGUUGUUUUACUACAUAGCGGUGUCUCUGCUGCCCCAUAAUACACUGUGUGAGCUCGAAGCAGCGGUGGAGGCCGGCCGGGCCCUCAGUCCUAUUCUGCAGUGGCACAAACACCCCAACGACUACUUCAGCAGAGAGGCCCAGACUCUCUACUUCAACAGCCUCCGAACAUACUGGCAGGAGUUAAUAGAUCUGACCAGCCCAGGCGACGUUCCAGACACACGCGAGGCGUUGCUGAACGCCUUCAAGAGGCUGGACAAUGACAUCUCCCUGGAGGCUCAGGUUGGAGACCCGAAUGCUUUCCUGCACUACUGGGUUCUGAGGGUUGCCUUUUCUGGAGCAACGGCCUGUGUGGCUCACAUCGAUGGAUCAGACCUUUACAUUGCCAAUUCAGGAGACGCUCGGGCAGUGUUGGGGGUGCAGGAGGAGGACGGUUCGUUCACCGCUCACACACUCUCUAACGACCACAGCGCCCAGAAUGAGGAAGAGGUGGAACGGAUACGAGCUGAACACCCUCCUUCAGAGAGGAAGACAGUUAUACGACAGGACCGGUUGCUCGGGCUGCUCAUGCCGCUGCGUGCUUUUGGAGAUGUGAAGUUCAAGUGGAGUAUUGAGUUGCAGAAGUGUGUGUUGGAGUCCGGGCCGGAUCAGCUCCAUGAAAACGAGCACACCAAGUUUAUCCCUCCAAACUACCACACACCCCCCUACCUGACGGCCGAGCCAGAGAUUACCUACCACAAACUGCGGCCACAGGAUCGCUUCAUGGUGAUUGGCUCCGACGGUCUCUGGGAGACCCUCCACAGACAGGAAGUGGUUCGUAUUGUGGGGGAGUAUAUAACAGGGGUGCACCAGCGUCAGCCCCUCAAAGUGGGAGGUUACAAGGUCACCCUGGGACAGAUGCAGGAGCUGCUCGACGAGAGAAAGGCUCGCGAGUCUUCCGCUUUCGAGGAUCAGAACUCGGCGACCCACCUGAUACGUCACUCGGUGGGAAACAACGAAUUUGGCACAGUUGACCACGAGAGACUGUCGAAAAUGCUGUCGCUGCCCGAGGAGCUGGCUCGCAUGUACCGCGACGACAUCACCAUUAUCAUCUCUCAGUUUAAUCCUCAUGUGAUCGGAGCUCAGAGACAAGAUGGGCAGUCCUGAGCUGUACAUUCACCAGUGUUCCACUGAGAAUAACACACACUUGUGUAACUGUUUACACACACGCACACUCUGUGGACAAACAGGCCAUGAUGAGAAAAUAUCUGCCCAGCAGGAUUGUUUUAACUCUAUUUAAGUAAAUAACUGGUAUGUUUGUAUGCAGUGCUAGGGAAGAUCCAGUUCCUCGUGAAGAUCUUCGUUGGAUAGAAGUCUCUUAUAUGACACUAUUUAUGCUGCCUCGGGCAACCCUUAUAUACACACCUCUCUGCGUGGCUGAUAAGACGCUGUUACAAACUGACUUUUGUGCCAAAACACUCGACCUCCUCGUCUGCUGAAAGACUCUAAGGGGUUGAAAUUGUAGAUCUUCCAAAGAGCGUAAUGGUUGGGACUCGAUGCAGCACUGACUCAACCUGAUCCUCUGAUAUGGACUCCUACUGGGCUGUGUCAUUGUAACACCAACACUCUUUCUCAGGUGUUAUUUCCAACCCAGUCACAAUAUUUCUCCCUUUAUGUGCUGCCCCUGUGUCUACUUAACAUGCACAUGUUCUACAUUUACACUUAAGUAUUUGGAUGAUUUACUCCAGUGCACUGGAUGUCAAGUAAAACAGUGUCUGUGAGAUGUAAAGGUGGAGUCUGCCUCUCUGGAGAAAUGUUAUUGAUAUUUGAUCUCCUCACACAAACAAAUACACCCCCCUGUCAGUCCUGUUGGCAUAUGCCAGAUUUACAUCCUUGGCCUUUUCACGCCCUCUGUUGCUGAUUGGCUGGAUAUGUGUUGUGGCUUGUUCCGAACCACUUAGUUUGUUCCCAUUUACAGAACCAGAGCUGUGUAUGAACCACAGAUUAAUGUGCAUAUACAGACCUGACAGCUAGCAGACCUUAAUAAGAUAUUGACUGAAUUUGAUAUAAAGUGUACCAUCACUGACUCCAGCUGUGCUGACGUUAAGCUUUAAAGUGCUCUCUCCAACGUAUUGGCAUUCUGAUAACCAUCCUGUAGGGUAAAGAUGAUUAUAGGGAAGAGAAAGACAAAUGAUUCAGUUACAGUAUCUAUUUAAAUAGAUACUGGAUACCUCCUUUAAGUGCUUCAAAUGAAAAUAAACGGACAUUUUCUUCUUUUUUAAAGUGUCACCAGCCAAAAAGGUUCAGAAAUACAGAAAUACUUUAUUCAUCCCAAACUGGGAAAUUGUUUUAAAAGGUUGGGAAACACUGAGCUAGGUUUUCAAUAUGCUGAAACACUGAGCAAUAAAAACUUUUACAGAUAUUUACAGACUACACACUUAUGUACUGAAAGGAGGACAUGCAUGUGAACUACAGGUAUAUUGUCAGAGCGGUAAUUAAGUGAAUUACGGUUCAUAUAUAUACAUAUAUAAUACAAUCCUGAGUUAAAUCAAAGUUUGUAGCUUUUUUUUUCUCAAGUUUUAUGGGUUAAAAGGGAUGCUUGUUAAGGGUUCAUCUUACAUCAUAUUAUUUAUGAAGCUUUUUCAGUUUGGGUAACACUUUGACUUUAGUGUAUAUGACAGCCACGUUGAAAGCAGAAGCACUCCUGAUACUCUCCAGUUAAACACUAAUGACCGGGUCGAAGCGGCGUGUUCAAGUGUGUUUGAGCCCACAGGAAAGAGCAGAAUGUCAAUUUUAUUUGUGCUAUUUGAAUAUCAGAUUAUUUAAAAGCUUUCACAGCACAUGUAUGUUACACAUCUUUAUCUACAGUUGUAUGUAUGAAAUGUAACUCAUGUGGAUUAUGUUUUGUAUAUGGAAAUGCUUUAAUAAAACUCAUAAUACCAA